AAGGAUAUUUUGCUUCCAAACCUGGAUACACUGUAUUUUCAACUGGAACUUGAGACAGCACAAGAGAACCUCAGCAGUCAGUAAGUACUAUCAAAAGAGCUUUUAAUCCUGAGUGGAUGCUAUUGUAGCAAAACAAUGAAGAAAACUAAGAGAAUAUGGAACUAUGGACAGAGAAUUCUGCAAUACUUUAUUGUGAUGAUUGUUUGGGAAGCAGUUUCUGGGCAGAUCCAUUAUUCCAUUCCUGAAGAGAUGCCAAAAGGUACUUUUGUGGGAAACAUUGCAAAGGAUCUGGGAAUGGAUGGGAAACAACUUUUAGAUCAUGGACUUCGUGUCGUCAUUACUACAGGUACAAUUCAAUAUUUUAUUCUGAAUGUCAACCGUGGACAUUUAGAAAUUUCCCAAUUAAUAGACAGAGAGAAAAUAUGCAAAGAGACAGAAAAGUGCAUAAUAAAAUUCCAGAUCCUUAUUGAAAGUAAACUAAAGCUUUAUGGAAUUGAAGUAGAAAUCACAGAUAUAAAUGAUAAUGCUCCUCAAUUUCUCUCAAAGGAAUGGACAAUGAAAAUCAGUGAGAUGUCAGCAUUAAAAGAAAAAUUUCCUCUAGCAAAAGCUCAAGAUCCAGACCUGGGGAUAAAUUCUGUGCAAAACUACCAACUCACAGGUAGUAACCAUUUUUCUCUGGAGAUGCAAAGAGGCGAAACUGGCACCAGAUCGACUAAACUGGUGUUGGAAAAAUCACUGGACAGGGAAGAGCAAUCAGUUUAUACUUUGAUCCUUACAGCUUUUGAUGGUGGUGAUCCCAUUAGGUCUGGCACAGUACAGAUUCAUAUCAUUGUUCUAGAUGCAAAUGAUAAUGUACCAGUUUUUAGCCAACAAGUCUAUGAAGUGAAUCUCAAAGAGAACAUGUCCAAAGGAUCCACAAUAGCUACCAUAACAGCUGUUGAUAUGGAUGAAGGAAUCAAUGGAGAAGUAAAAUAUUCUUUUGAGGAAAUAAACAAGAAAAAUCAAAAAAUGUUUCUGUUAAAUUCGACUUCAGGGGAAAUUAUCCUUGUGGGGAGCCUUGAUUUUGAAACAUCAUCAACAUAUGAAUUUGAAGUGCAAGCCAUGGAUGGGGGUGGGCUGAGUGAUAGGUCCAAGGUUGUGAUUUUGGUUACAGACCUAAAUGAUAAUGCACCUGAAUUAGCUAUCACCUUUGUGAUCAACUCGGUGCCUGAGAACUCUCCCGCUGGAACUGUCAUUGCCAUUUUAAAUGCCCAAGACAGAGAUUCAGGAGACAAUGGAGAAGUUAAAUGCUCAAUUCCCAGCAACCUCCCUUUUCAGCUCAAGAAAACAAUGGAGAGUUUCUACAGUUUAGAGACAGACAAAGCCCUUGACAGGGAACAAUUGCCAACUUACUCUAUCACUGUUACAGCAGUGGAUGAUGGGGCACCACCACUCUCUACAUCUGCGGUUAUUUCACUCCAGGUGUUAGACACAAAUGACAAUCCUCCACAGUUUCUGGAAUCAAAAUAUACCUCCUACCUUCUAGAAAAUAAUCCAAAAGGUGCCUCAGCCGUUUCCCUUAAAGCAAGUGAUCCAGACUGGGAAGAAAAUGCCAGAAUAACUUACUCCAUCACUGAUAGCCAAAUGCAGGACUCACCCCUCUCUUCCUACCUCUCCAUUAAUUCUGAGACGGGGACUGUCUAUGCCCUAAGCUCCUUGGACUAUGAGGAGAUUCAAGAGAUUCAGUUCCAGGUCAAGGCUCAGGAUGGCGGAUCCCCAUCACUCAGCUCUAAUGUCUCAGUGACUCUCUUCAUCUUGGACCAGAAUGACAAUGUGCCAGAGAUCCUGUACCCCUCCCCUCCCGCUGAUGGCUCCACUGGAAUAGAGCUGGCCCCUCGCUCUUCUGAGUCAGGUUACCUGGUCACUAAAGUGGUGGCAGUAGAUGCAGAUUCUGGCCAGAAUUCCUGGCUCUCCUAUCAGCUGAUCAAAGCGACAGAACCAGGGCUCUUCACCGUGGGACUCCACACAGGUGAGAUCAGGACUGCUCGGCUUUUUCUGGAGAAAGAUGCCCUGAAGCAAAUCCUGGUGGUUUUAGUGAAAGACAACGGCCAACCACCUCUCUCUGCCUCAGUCACUCUCACAGUUGUUCUGGCUGACAGCAUCCCUGAAAUUCUCUCAGAUCUGAGCAACAUCUCAACUCCUGUAGAUCCUCAGUCAGACCUCACAUUUUAUCUGGUGAUUGGUGUGGCGUUUGUCUCCUGCUUGUUUUUUACAUUCCUCCUUGUCUUAUUGGCCAUCAGGUUGUACAGGUGGAAGAAUUCAAAAUUGUUAGAGUCAGAAAGUGUACAUUUUAGUGGUGUGCCAGUGUCGCAAUUUGUUGGGAUGGAUGGAGUCCGAGCCUUUCUUCAGUCUUACUGCCACACUAUUUCACUCACCAGAGAUUCUAGAAAAAGCCACUGCAAUUUUCAUGAGGAAAACUGUUCAAAUACUCCGACCAAUCAACCUCUAACCUGUGGGGUGAGUGACCCUAUCCUAGCCUGUGAGGAUUUAAAUUUGAAGAAUGAUGAGCAAAUCUUAGUCAAGGCCAGGGGAAUGUCUCAGUUUGCUCAUCUUCCUCCGACUGAUACCUAUUUCUGGAUGCGCCUGUACUAGUUCAAAAGCAAGCAACUAUACUUUUUAAAGAAAUAGAUUACAGUUUUAUUUUGUUCUGCUUAUGUAAAAUAUUUAGUUUAACAUUUUCACUUGUUUGCUUAAAAACAAAUUUCUUUGGAAGAUAUGAAGAUAUGAACUAAAAGGACUAAUUACUAUGCAAUGGCUUCAGGAGGAUUUAUUUCAAAGAACAUAGGUUUAAGAUGAAUGCUGAAAUAUUCCCUCUAACUCACACAUUGUACAAAAAUUUCUGGAGCACAAAUGCUAUGGAAACUGAGUAAGAAAUAAAUAACUGGAAUUUAUUGUUGGGAUUAAAUAGUAGAUGUAGAUUUAUAAGUUUACAGUCAUCUAGAUGGUUUAUUUGUUUAUACAGUAAUCUAUAUCCCACCGCUGAGUGAUUAACUGUGGGCUUUGACUUUCAAGUGCAUAUUGUUGCUUAUUGAGAAUCAUAAAUCCUUUACUCACUUGACUGUCUUGAUGUUCUCCCCAUCUUCUACCCUUCAAGAAUUAAGAAGGUGAAAUCUAGAUUGUGACUGAUUCAUUUGGUGAAAAGGAAUUAGGUACCCCAGUUCCAUUGGUCAGAAAAUUAAAAUAAUGUCAAAAAAAAUGUAUUCCGUUUGUUCAGCUUUGAUGUUACAAUGCCACUGGCAAAUCAUUAAAUUAGUUACAGCUUGAAUACUAUUCUAUGUUUUUGAAACCAAAAAAUCCCAUGGAAUUAAAAUAAAACUUUAUCAGGAAAUGCAGUUCACAGUAUAGACUCAGAGUGUCACUAUAGGACAAGAGGAGUCUUGGAUCAGCCCUCUAUUCUUCUGCAGCUGUAUCCCGCCAGUUGACUAGAAAAGAUGCAGGAGAAAGCUUUAUUCUAAAAGGUGUUCCGGAAAAAACAUUUUACUUCAUGAAUCAACUCAUUAAGACCAUUCUUUUCUCCAAUAUUAUUGAUAAACAGUGUGAAAUUGGAAGCUAUUACUCUAGGAAGGAAAAACAAACAAGAAAGACAGUAAUGGAAGCAAGCUACAUAAAGGGAAUACAGGAGUUCAAUUUGAGGCAAGUACUUUUUCUGUUCAUAUUCUGGGAUUUGGUCGAUUGGGUGAUACCUGAGCAGGUUCAGUACUCACUUUCAGAGGAAAUGGAAAAAAAUUCCUUUGUGGGGAACCUUGCUAAAGAUUUAGAAUUGGAUGUUGAACAGUUACCAAAAUGCAAACUUGCUGUCUCUUCAGAAAAACAAUAUUUUGCUUUCAAUGAGCAAAGUGGUGAUCUAUAUGUGAAUGACAGAAUAGACCGGGAAAAAAUCUGUGGAAACUCACCUAUUUGUAUGCUGCAGUUAGAAGUUGUUGCACAUAAUCCUUUAAAUAUUUUCCACAUAAAAGUUUUCAUCCUAGAUAUUAAUGAUA